AUGACAUGGAAAAAUCUAUUAUCAAAGAAUCUUAAAGAACUUCGUGUUCAUUUUUGUCAGACUUCACCUGCUAGCAGUGGUGUUAGAGAUUUCAUUGCCAGCAGCUAUCCUUCGAUCAAAUCAGCUAACCCUCAUUUUCCAUUUCUAAUACGCGAAGCAAGUGGUGUCGAAGCGCGCUUUUUUGCUCGAUAUGAUUUUGGUAAUGAAAGAAAGAUCGUAUUGAAUAAUCUUUCGGCCAAAGAGGUUGAAUCAAAGUUGGAAGAAUUAGUUACUCAAAAUAUGGGCACAAAUAAAAAUGCCUAG